GAACAGGAGGGUUGGCUGUAUUUGACUAAUCAUUUCUUGCGUUGGUGGAUAAGACGAUGGUAUUUGCUUCUGCGAAAGGCCAAGCUAUUGACACCUCAUGCCUACAAGGAGAUUUCCUUCGCGGUGGUUGUAAGCGGUCUAGACGCAUUUGAUCUGCUGCUUCUGAGCAUUUUGCAUGUAGAAAAAACGUUUGUCACGGCUUCCACCAGUCGACGCAAACAGCAGCAGGAGUUGUUGGCUCGGGCAGUCUCCGCCGCCAAGGCACAGGAGGAUGAAGCCCGACGCGUCUUCCACAUGACCACCUGCCCCGUCCUUGAGUUGGCCUCCGCUGAGGCCGCUUUCUCCAAAGAUCACCGUGAGGAGGCUGGCGCAGAGGACGGUAGGCUAGUAAAGAAAUGCUGCUUUAUGAAUGGCCAUUUUACAGUUUUAAAAAAGCUCACACUUUUCUUCAUCUAUACAAUCUUAAUAUGA